UUCUACUCGGCAUAAGAACAACAAAACGCUCGGCUCGUGCCCCCUCUCCUCCUCACAUCCACUUUCUGCCCUUAUCGACACUCUCCGAGACCUCUCACACUUCUCUUCACAUCUCUCCACAUCUCUCGCAAUACCCAUCAUGGCUUCACCACAGCAAAUCCGUACGAAGCUCACCGACCUGCUGAAGAUUCGGCACCCCGUUCUGCUUGCGGGCAUGAACGUCGCAGCUGGUCCCAAGCUUGCAGCGGCCGUCACCAACGCCGGAGGUCUUGGUGUCCUCGGUGGCAUUGGCUACACUCCCGACAUGCUUCGGGAACAAAUCGCAGAACUCAAGAGCUUCUUGACAGACAAGAAUGCGCCAUUCGGUGUCGAUCUUCUUCUCCCCCAAGUCGGCGGAAGUGCGCGAAAGACCAACUACGAUUACACAAAGGGCAAACUAGGAGAGCUCAUCGACAUCAUCAUCGAAUCCGGCGCUAAGCUGUUCGUCUGUGCCGUUGGUGUACCCCCCAAGGCCGUCGUCGACAAGCUUCACAAGCAUGGCAUCCUGUACAUGAACAUGAUCGGACACCCCAAGCACGUGAAGAAGUGCCUCGACACCGGUGUCGACAUCAUUUGUGCCCAAGGUGGCGAGGGUGGCGGUCACACUGGCGAUACUCCCACUUCCAUCUUCAUUCCUACCUGUGUGAAGAUGGUUGAGGGAUACAAGUCGCCUAUGACUGGCGAGCAGGUUCAAAUCGUGGCCGCAGGUGGACUUUACAACGGUCAAUCGCUCGCCGCUAUGUUGGCUUUCGGUGCAACCGGCGUCUGGGUCGGUACCCGGUUCAUUCUCUCUGAGGAAGCCGGUGCACCAAAAGCCCACCAAGAAGCUGUGCGUACCUCAGGCUUCGAUGACAACAUCCGAACCAUUAUCUUCACAGGUCGUCCCCUCCGUGUACGCAACAACCCUUACAUCCAAAACUGGGAAGAGAACAGGCAAAACGAGAUCAAGGAGCUUACCGGAAAGGGUAUCAUCCCUGCGGAGCACGAUCUUGAGAACAUGGGCGAUGACGUGGAUGACGAGACCAUGGACAAUGCGCGACCUUUCCUCAUGGGCAAGGUUGCCGCCGUUGUCUCCGAGAAGAAGACCGCAAAGGAGAUCGUUGAUGAGUUUGUCGGCGAUGCCGUCAAGACUCUGCGCGGCACCAAUGAGCUUAUUGUAUCCAAGGCCAAGCUAUAAAAUUUGUAAUCUGUAGCGUUGAAUAGAGCGGUGCUGUUCUUGGGAUAGCUUUAUGGCGGAGUUCAUGUGUAUAUUUCAAUGUCAUGCAUACCUUUUAUCGGGAUUCACAAUACGCUCUUCCAAUCUUCUUGUCGGGCAAUAGCUUACUCUAGACAAGCUCAGCUGAUCCUUGUAUUAUUGCAACUCUUGUUUCCAAUUCUUCCAAGGCCGAGAGAUCUUCAUCGCCAUACCAUGAAUACCCUACUAGCUAGGAGCUAUAGCAGGGCAUCGAACUAAUACACGCCAUUGAAACAUCAUUCAUGCACUCCCCAUAAGCCCCAUCGCAGCCCAGUUCAUGUGAGACAAUUGAGGCAAACAAUCAGACGACAACCCCAAGAGCUUACCUCAGAACAAAACACUACGACUGUGUGCAGUCUGCCUACGUCCUCUCGCACGCUAUCAUUCACAAAUCAAAUCUCGCAACCAUUCCCCGUGCUUAUUUAACCGCCAGGCACCGGUGAAGUGGAUGACAGCGGGUAAGGCGAGCAGUAGCACAGCCACAUCAGGCUAUCUUCACAUACUGUUCGUCCCAGACGCUCGGAGUAGUGGAAAGUGAGGCUAUCUAUUAUGAAGUAUUGAAGGUUUAUCAUAUAAAGCAACAAGCCCCAUUUACAGUUCUAGGAAGGAAUAUCUGUCUUAGCUUCUCACAUCCAAACUACGCAUAUACCUAACCUACCUCCCCCUUCUACCUGCAUCAAAUAUAGAUACAAAUCCAGAUCAGCGUUAAUCCAACAAUACUCACCAAUCACCACGCAAUCCGCUUAUACCCUUUCUCUCUAUCUCUCUCUCCUGGUCCUCUAAUCUUCUUCUAUCUCCACACACAAACAGCAUCAUGGGCUGCCACGCCUCAAAACCAAAACCCUACAUCUACCCCUCCCAGCCCGCACCCUACGCAAACCAACCGCAAUACCCAAUCC